AUGGGUGAUAAAUUAGUUUUAGAUAAUGCCAAAAAAGCUGCAGCCUACAAAGCAGUUGAUGAAUAUGUUAAAGAUGGUAUGAAUGUUGGUAUUGGUAGUGGCAGUACAAUCAAAUAUGCAGUUGACAGAAUUAAAGAAUUGGGUUUAAAAGUAACCUGUGUACCAACAUCAUUUCAAUCUACUCAAUUAAUUAUUGAAGCUGGUUUAGUAUUAUCAGAUCUUUCACGUACUCCAAAAUUACAUGUUACCAUCGAUGGUGCUGAUGAAUGCGAUAAAGAUUUCAAUAUAAUUAAAGGUGGUGGUGCUUGCCAAUUACAAGAAAAAUGUGUUGCUUAUGUCUCUGACACCUUAUUAAUCGUUGCAGAUUAUACCAAAGAUAGCGUUCAAUUAGGUGACACCUGGAAAAAAGGUAUCCCAAUCGAAGUUAUUCCAAUGGCUUAUGUUCCAGUUAUGAAAAAAUUAGAAUCUCUUUCUUUAAAACCAGUCCUUCGUAUGGCCGUUAAUAAAGCCGGUCCAGUAGUCAGCGACAACGGUAAUUUCAUUAUUGAUGCCAUUUUUACCCCACCACUCCAAAAUAUUCCACAAUUAGCCAUUGAUAUUAAAAUGAUUCCAGGUGUUGUUGAAACUGGACUUUUCAUUAAUAUGGCUAAAAAGCUUUAUUUUGGUCAAAAAGAUGGUUCAGUCAUUUCAAAAACUCUCUAA